AUGUUCGCCCAACCAUACGAUCAUUCGUUCAAUGACUUGUUCAACCAAUACGUCAAUAUGGAGACUAGUGCCGCUGAUGGAAAAGAUUCGGCUUUGUCCGAUUUUGAUCAGCUCUUUCCUCUUGACUCGCUAUCCAAUGACUGUGGCGAUCUUCCACCCACGGUCUCCACUCCCAAACGCCAUCAAUCACCGCAACCCUGGAGUAAUGAGUGGUCCCUGCAGGAUGACGGGGCCGCUGCCGAUCAUUUUGCUUUCCAUGACACCGUCCACCCGUCUGCUAUUUCAGAUGUCAGUCUGAACAACUUUGAAGUUCCCUCUCGCCCUACAACAACUCACGGUUUAUCUACCUCGCCAUCCACUCCUCCAGCUACUCCUAGACGGAAGCCUGCCCAGAGUGCUCUCAUCACUCCCAAAUCUAUCCGCCACCGCAGCCCGAAUGAGCGUCGCUCUCAUUUGCGCAAACAAAGUUUCUCCCCCAGCUUAAUGCGCUCUUCCAACCUAUCCAAAGCAAGAAUGGCAUAUCCCGAGGCUUGGGCCCAGCGAAUUCAGAACUUCAGUCUUCACGGUUCCGAAGAUCGUCUGCCGCUGUCGCCUCCUCCAUCGGAUGUCCUCAUUCAGCAUGAAAACAUGCCUACCGAACAAAUCAUGAACCAACCUAGAGACUCAGCAGAGAUGCCUCCUCAGUACGACGCAAGACUAUACCACCAGUCUCCCUCAGUUUCAAUGCCAUCGCCGAAUAUCGCAAUGUCAGCACGGCAGCAACAGCACUACAUUGCUCACCCAAGCUCUUCCACCUUGACCAACUCCAGCCCUUCUUCUGCAGAUGAUUUGUUCUCCUCAUCUCACUCAUCCGACCCCCAAUCUCUCUCCUCUUGGCAAUCCGACCCUCUUCAUGCCUCAUCUAUCUCUUUCACUCCAGACCUCCAAGGCCAAGAUUCUCAAUGGUGGUCCCCCAUGCCUUCUCGGGUCUCUCAACAACAGGCCUCGUACCUCACCUCUCCCACACCUGUCCGCAACAUGCCAAGCGUUGGAAGCCAAAAUGACAUGAUGCAAGGAGGACUAAUGAUCCAAUUCAAUCCCUCCUAUGAUAUGUCGGCGGACCACUCAUUCUCAUCAUCUAAUAUGCUCCCCGCUACCCCUCAAAAAUUCGACACCUACACCACCUCCCAAGUGCACAACGUCUCCCAUUCACCAUCUCUCUCUCCCAAGGCCGGCACAUCACCCAGGGAUACCUGCAAUGGAUCCAUUUCCAAGCCUAUCCACCGCCGCACUCACAGCCGCAAGCUCUCAGGCCAGAGCAUGAAUGCCCCCAAGCCCGCCAAGGCAUCUGGCUCCUCGUCCCGAGGCUCAAACAAGUCUGUCAGCGUAUCAUUCGUCAACUUUACCGCCCACGACAGCAAGAAGAUCUUGACCGGAGUUGCUCCCUCCGGCAGUUCUAAGACCAAGGCUCGCCGCGAGCAAGAAGCCCGCGAUAGACGUCGCAAGCUGAGCGAAGCCGCAUUGAGGGCUGUGCGCAGCGCUGGCGGCGACGUCGAAGCUCUCGAAGCUGUUCUCUGUUAA